AUGUUCUCCCCUCCUCUCAUGCCCGAUCGAGGGUUUCGACGGUGGUGCCGCGCACUGGUGUGCGUGACGUCUGCGGCACUGGCGCUCGCGCUGCUCAUCCUGGCAGCGUGUGACUGCGUCGGCGCUGCUGCUGCGUCGGUGACGGUGACGACGACCCCGUCGCUGCCGCUCCUCGACGUGCCGUUCCACGCGGACGCGGCGGGUGUCAGCAAGGGGCACAAUGUGUUUGUCUCCACUCGGAGCGACUGCGGUGGUGCUUCGAAGGUGACGUCGGUGUGCACGGUCGGGAGUGCGGUGGAUGGCGUCAGCUUCGCGAACGGCACGUGCGUGUUCCAUGUGACGAGCGAGGCGCUGAGUGUCGACUUGACGAGGCCGCGUCCCACGGUUCCUGUGCUGCACUGGUGCAGCAGCGCUCAUCCCGGCGCGUCGGUGGGCGCGCUGCAGAUGAACGUGAUGGCGAUGUCACGACAGUUCGUGUUUCUCAACGUGGAGACGACGGUACACCUCAGCGAGGCCACGCCCAUCGGCACUACACUGGGAUUUUACGUUGUCAGCACGUGCGUUACGCCGUUGACGGUCCCCAAGUCCUUUACCGUCGCCGCCACACGCACUAUCACACUCAGAGCAACUGGUGCAGUGCCCAUGUACGUCUGCGCCACGAUACCCACUGUGUCGGGGAGCAUGACAGCGCUGGGACUUCGAGGAGUCGUAGCGGGCGCGCCAGUCUACGCUGUCCAGCCUUCUCAUGGGGUGCGCCAUCGCACCAUAUUGAUGACAUCGACAGCGGAGGGCGCGGCGAGGGUUGCACUUUCUCGGGACAGCGACUGCGACACAUUGGAGCAGCCCGCGCAGCUCGCAACGCUGAACGAGCGCUUCAGCUUCCGCAUCACCGCCCCGGCCGGCGUCUACUACUUGUGCGCAGCCACGAGUAUCAGCACUUUCACGCCGUCCACCAACACCUUCACGGUGGAGGAGUACGACGUGCAGCCGCACACGAUGUACGCGACCCGCGAGACUCCGCUGACCUACGGCCUGGGUGCGGCUGGCCGUGACGCGGAGCUGGAGGCGGCGCUGUCGACGACGACGGACUGCAUUAGAGGCUCGCUGGUGGUUCCUUGGGGAGCAUCGAUGUCGUGGGCAGUGCCAAGGGUGGGCACGUACUACGCGUGCGUUCGGGACCGCGGUGUGGCGAGCACUGCCGGGUACACGAGCGCGAUCACUGUGACGGACGUGCCGACGCUGGCGUUCUCGCCCGAUGAAGUAGUUGGGGGGCUUCCGAUAACGGUGACACUCAAACACCCCAGCGCGAUGACAGCGGAGUUUGAUGUGAUGCUCUCGAGCAAGCUCGACUGCGUCAACAUCUUCGCCAUCGUCCGAAAGCCUACCGGAACGGCCGUGGCCACACUGCCCACCGUCACUGCGCUGCAGGGGAGCGUGACGUACUGUGUCUCGAACCCGCUGGAGCCCAACGAGGACAUGCAUCGAGUGAGCUACCUGCUUGGCACACUGCGGACACGCAUGUACCGCGUCGGUCACGGAGCGUUGCGUAUCGAGUCGACACUGCGCUUCGUCCUGGACAGCGAGGUGCAGCUUCCCAGCGGGACGACUGUGGUGCUUGUACCUGAAGCCAACAAGCAUCCAUGCGCCGGCUCGAUGAACGCCGCCGCCGCCAUUGGUGAGGGAAGCGGCAUGAUGAUGUUCACUGUGUCGGGUGUGGCGGCGGUACUGCCGCCUGUGGUGUUCCCUACAGGGGGUGUGUGGCUCAUGUGUCUGCAGUCCGGCGACGGGCACCAGCUUGAAUACCUGAAUCUGCGCAAGUUCUGGAUCUACGGAGCAACGGCGCAGCUUUCACAGGACCUCGUCCUCGCCAACGUCAACACACCGGUGCAUGUUUCCGGGCUUGAGUCGGAUCACCAUGUCACCGUGACCUCCAGCAACACAUGCAGCUCAUCCACAGAGUGGGUUGCUAGCGGUACCGCAAAGGGCGGCGUUGCCACGCUGAACGUGCAGUCAGCCUCAGCAGGGAGGCUACUCGUGUGCUUCGCCUACCCUGCAGAAUCGGAGUCCUCGUCGACAAACAUUGAAGCGGACUACGCUCCCGUCGGCGAGUUUCAGAGCCUAGUCGCGCGCAUGUAUCCAAGCAUCGCGUACGUGAGCGAGACGACGACGCUGAGCUUCGCCGGGAUUGGGGGCAUGUCGCUGACGGGCUACCUCGCUUUCUUCCUGCCUCAUGCGACGUCAUGCAGCGAGCCCGACGCGACGGUUUUGGGUUCGGGACUGAAGGGGCCGGACGCGACGUCGACUGUGUCGUACGGGGCGGUGAGCGGCAGCGCGCUGGAGCGGGGAACCGUGUACCGCGUGUGCGUGGGGCGAUACAUAGGCGGCGGCUACUGCGACGCCGGCGUUGUCGCGGCGAUGGAGGUGCCGCCGGUGUCGACGGACCCGCCGGUGCCCGUGCGCGGGCUGCCCGUGCGGCUGCAGCUGCCGCCGAGCUUCGCGAGCACUGCUGCUGUGACGCGCUACGUCGUUGUGGGCGGGGCGGUGAGGUGCAGCGGCGACCUGAGCGGGACCCGUGUGUACGGGAGCGGGUCUGUGGACCGUGCGAGCGGCGCCGCAUCUGCGUUCAUGGCGCCUGCGCGUGCGAGCGGCGUGGACGCCGUGCGCGUGUGCGUGGGGUCGAAGGAGAGCCUCGUGUCGGACAGCCUGGGGUACGCGCACGGCGCGACGCUGCGGCUGGAGCAGUUCCGCACGUCGAUGGUGUACCUGCAGCGCGGCGUGCCGAACGUGCUGUCCGGUGCGCCGAUGGCCGCGACGGGGUCGCUGUACGUUGUCGCGUGCGACGGGAGGGAGUGCGACGCUGACAACGCUGACGGCGUGUGCCGCGCGAAGAUGUCGCAGGGCGCGACGAGCUCCUCGACGGCUGCGCUGGAUGCGCCGCUGGGGCGGUGCCUGCUGUGCCAGCGCGUGACGGUGGGCACGGCGGUGUCGGUGGUGGGCUCGGACACGACGGUGGAGGUGGUGGAGCCGUUUGAGAUGAGCCUCUCCGUAGACCCCUCUGCCAUUCGCGCGUACGUGCCGUUCGCAGUGACCAUGUCGGGCGGCCCUGGCGGCGCGGGGGCGAAGUACACGGGCUACCGCCUCACAGUACAGCCCGCGUCUGUAGUCUGUGGAGCCACGGCGUCCGAGUGGCAGGAUAUCAUGGUGGAGGGCGGCAGUGCGGAGAUCACCAUCACAGAUAUGAGGGCAGGCAAGAAAAUACGGUUCUGCACUUCCUCACCGCUACUAAGCAGCGUGAGCGUUCUGACGGGGACGCUGCAGCACUACAUGACACCUGCAGCUGUGAUCGGCGACCGCGCGACGACGCUGACGUCUGGCGGCGUGACGAGUGGCGCCACGGCGGUGCUGUCGCGCACGGCGGACUGCCUCGGCGUCGUGGCUGGCGGCGGCGCUGCGGCGAUCGUGGACGCGAGGGUGACGUUCACUGUGGCGUCGUGCGGCGCGAACGGUGCGCUGGCGUCGCUGUACUACUGCGAGGCUGCUGGCGGGGGUGCGUACGCGUCCCGCGGUGCGGUGGGGCUGCUGCGCGCGAGCGGGUGCGGCGGCGGCGCGGACGCGAGCAUUGCGGAGGUGGAUGCGGCGCCUGGCGCUGCGAUCGGCAGCUUCGGGAUCGACGCGGCGUACCUGGCGAGGCCGCGGCUGUCUGCGUCGUCGGACUGCGGCGUGCUGCUGGACGCGGCUGUUGCGAGCGUUGGGUACGCGCCCGGUGCUGGCGAGCGCGCUGCGUUCCACGUGUGCGCCGUGCUUGUCGGCGACGCGAGCGUGACGUUCACGACGGCGCGCCCGACGCUGCGCGUUGCGAACUGGGCGGUGUCGCCGACGGCUGCGGUGAGCCGGUACAACGCGACGCUUGGCGCUGCCGCGGCUAGUGCGGUGCGCGUGAACUACGCGACGCCGUCGAGCGAGACGUUCCUGAGCACGGCGAGCGACUGCAGCGUGCGGACGGCGGGCGCGGCGGGGCUGAGCGGCGCGUCGAAGACGGCGACGUACAGCACGACGGGCGUGCGCGGGCUUGUGCACGUGUGCACUGUGGCGCCGCUGAGCGGGAGGACGCUGGCGGUUGCGGAGUUCCUGUCCGUGACGCCGCCUGCUGUGCUGCGUGCGUCGCCGGCUGUUGUGCGCGGCGGCGAGUACAGCGCGACGCUUGUGGUGGACGGUGCGCCGCCGCUGUACUCGAUGGUGCCUGGUGCGGACAGCGGGUACACGCACAGCGGGUACUACACGAGCGCGAGCCGCGAGGUGUACCUGUCCGGGGACGCGUGCUCGGGCGUGCUUGCGGGGACGAGCGCUGCGACGGUGACGUCGAGCGGCAGCGUGUCGUUUGCGACGGCGGGCGUUGCGGCGGGCGUGAGCGCUGUGUGGCUGUGCGCGGUGACGGCCGCGGGGCCCGCGGUUGUGCUGGCCGGCGUGGCUGUUGCGCCCGGCCGGGUGUACCCGACGACAAUGGUGUCUGGCGCACUGGGCGCGCCUGUCUUCAUACCGAGCCUGAAGGGGACGGCGGUGCAGCUGAGCGCGUCUGCGAGCGGGUGCGGGUCUGUUGCUGGGAUGCCGAGCUUCACAACGGACGCGGAGGGCUACGGCGCUGUGGACCUUGUGGGCGGCGACGGCGGCGCGCUUGCGCCGGGCACGUACACGCUGUGCUACGGCGGCGCGCUGCGUGGCGGCGGCGGUGCUGCGGCGCUGGAGUCGGUGGAGCUUGUGCGCGCGUCGCACUUCGACGUGCGCGGGACGACGUUUGUUGUCGGCGUGGCGAGCCGGAUGGUGCUGCUGCAGGACCUGACUGCUGCGGCGCUUGUGCCCGGGUUCAGCACGGCGCGCGACUGCACGUCUGUGUCGAGCGAGCACGGCGAGUGGGCUGCUGUGACGAGCACGUCUGUGUCUGUGACUGCGACGGGCGUGUACACUGCUGGGCUGUACCUGUGCGCGCGUGCGCCGGUGAACGGGACGCUUGUGGCGCUGCCCGGGCUGUGGUCUGGGCGGCGGAGCGUGCAGUUCGUUGCGUCUGCGAUGCAGCUGCCGUCUGCUGGGUGGGACGCGUGCACGACGUACACGCUGGACCGGUGCUACCCGCCGGGUGCGAGCGCGAGCGGUGCGACGUCGGUGGUUGCGGUUGUGCACGGGGACUGCUGCAGCGAGGCGAGCCGGAGCGCGGUUGUCGGGGAGGCGAGCAUGGCGAGCGGGACGUGCGAGCUGACGCUGGACUACGACAAGGUGUCCGCGUACCCCGCGGAGUCGACGUACCACGUGUGCGUGUGGGACAGCGCGGACGACUCUGUGUGCACGACGGUGAGCGAGGCGCGCGUGAGCACGAGCUGCACGCGCCGUGGCGGCGGUGGCCGGGGGCUGAGCCGUGGCGCGGUUGCGGGGAUCGUCGUUUGUUGUCUAUUUUUUUGUUGCUGUCUGGCGUGCGUGGGCUUGUGGUGUUUCUGCUGUCCAGAUGUCGAUGUCAAGCCGGCGGAGGAGGUGGAGGUGGAGGUGGUGGAUAUUCCUGCGGACCCUUCGUUGGUGGUGAAGCUUGGCGGACGCCUCUCCGCGGUGGUGCACUGGCGCGGUGACUCGCCGGACGCCUCCUUCAGAAGCUUUAGCGGCUCCAUGUCAUCCGUGGGAACCGACGUGUCGCUGACGUUGAACCCGCUGCUGGUGAGUGCUGCCUACAGCAGCGGGGCUGCGCUACUGCCGGACGACCUUCCGAUAAUUCCUGUCACCGUCGACGAGAAAAUCAGGAGCCUGCCAAAGCUGGAGUGGGAGCACCGCCGGCGCCUCGCUGCUCGCGAAGGGGAGGCGCGGCGUGUGGUGCGGCGGCGGUGCGAGGCAAACCUGCAGGUGGUGAAGACUGAGGUGGUCGUUGUCGUCACUGCCGACGCCUACCCCGAUGGCGACGGCGAGGAUCAGACGGGGCCUGAGUAA